AUGGAGAAAUCAAAUAAACAUUCAUGUUGUUUAUGUGAAAAGAAUUUUCGUGAAAACGAAAGAAUACAUUCAUUGCAAAAUUAUCGAACAUUAUGCGACUUUGUAAUGGCAAAUAAAUUCAUUCAUCUUUACUUACAUCAUGCAUGUUAUAUGCAGUUAUAUAAUAAAAAAAGGAAUGCUGCUAGUGAAACGACACAUAAUCAAGAUGAUCAAAUGAUAAUGGAUAUCGAUUUACAAAAAAUUGAUGUAGGUACUCAAACAGAGUUCCUUACAGAUAGUACUAUGAAUCGAUUUGGAACAAUAACCAACUGCAAUAUUGUAUUUAAUACAAAUCCUUGUCAAGCAUUACCAACAACGGCCCCAAACUUUACUCGAUCAAUAUCAGACAGUUCGAUAGAACUACCUUUUUAUCGAUUGUCCACUCAACAUAAAACAUGUUCAAUAUGUGGGAAGAAUUUUUCUUCUAAAAAAAUUUCUUGCCAAGAAAUUAAUCAGAGCAUACGUAUACAAUAUUUGCUUGAUCAUAAUAUUUAUAUUCCAAUCAGCAAUAGAUGUUGUUCGAGUCAUAAUUUUGAUAAGGCAAUAGAUAUACGAUCAGUUGAACAAAUAAAAAGGAAUAAGCUAAAUUAUUGUAUGAUCAAAAGGGAUGAAUUGAUUACUAUUUUAAAUGAAAUGAAAGAAGAAUUAAAAAAUAAAGAUUGUAAAAUUCAUGAAUCGAACCAAAAUCCACCAUUAAAUUUUGAUGAUGACGAAGCACCAAUGUCAGAUUCGAAUUAUCAUGUAUUAACUGGGCUCACUCGUGAGCAAUUCAACGAUCUUUGUUCUGAAAUACCACCUUCAGCCUUAAGAGAUACUGAUAUUAGAACACCAAGGACAGCUAUUGCUUGUCUUCUAGUUAAAUUAAGACUUGGUUUAAGUCAUCAAGCAUUGUGUACUUUAUUUUCUGUUGAAGAUAAACGUAAAAUGACCAGAAUUCUUGACAGUGCUUGUACUGCUAUCAAAAAAUACUUUGUUCCGAAACAUUUAGGAUUCGAUCACAUUGAGAGACAAAAGGUGAUUGAUGAUCACACUCGACCACUUGCAAAAAUUCUUUUAGGUGAUAAUGAUCCUAGCAAGGCUAUAAUAAUCCUUGACGGAACAUAUUGUUAUAUUCAAAAGUCGGCUAAUAAUUUACUACAGCGUCGAACGUACUCACUUCACAAAGGAAAACCAUUAGUUAAGCCGAUGAUGAUCGUGUCGAGCGAUGGUUACAUCAUAUCAGUAAUGGGACCCUUUUUGGCAGAUGGACGUAAUAAUGACGCUGAAAUUACUAAAAGUAUGAUGUAUAAUAAUAAGCAGGGGUUUACCGAUUGGCUACGUCCAGGAGAUCUUGUUAUUGUAGAUAGAGGAUUUCGCGAUUGUAUACCGGAUUUGGAAAAAUUCUGUUACAAGACCAAAAUGCCUUGUUUUCUCAACAAAGAUCAAUCCCAGUUUACUACAAGUCAGGCAAAUGAAACACGACUCAUCACCAAAAUAUGUUGGGUGAUAGAAUCAGCGAAUGGGCGCGUCAAGCAAUGGCAAUUUUUCAAUAAAAUCAUUCCAAAUAGUAUGAUUGAGAAAAUAGGCGAUUACUUUGAGAUUGUCUGUGCAAUGAUCAAUUGUUAUCGUCCUACUUUUAUACAAGAUACUAGUCAUGACAAUGAAAUUGCUGAAAAAAUGCUAAAGCUUGCUCGUGAAACAAAUAAAAUCAAAGAUUACGUCGAAAGCAUGAAAAAUAAACCUGCGAAAAAGUUGAAAUGGAUUGCCAUGGACGCUGCUGAUGCUAUUUCUGAUUUUCCAAAAAUGAGUUUCAAAAAUUUACAAGAGUUGACACUCGGAAUAUAUCAGCUUAAGCAGGCUCGUUCUUAUACUACCGAACAUGUUUCUCCGAAUGGAGCAUUCGUGGUUAAAGUUGGAAAUGAACGCCCUGAUCUCAUUCGAGCGCAGGUUCAGUCGAGGCAUAAAAAUUCAACGAAGUAUGACGUGUAUGUGCAAUAUAACAAGAAAAACAUUUCGGGUUGGUAUUGCACGUGCCCGAACGGCUCUAGGGUGGUAGGCUGUUGUGCACAUAUUGCGUCAAUAAUUUAUUAUUUGGCAUAUGCAACACAUGAUCCAAAACACUUACAACAGAGAGCAUUCGAUUAUUAUAAUAGUAUAACAGAUGCUCAAGAUUACUCAGAAUUAUCAGAUACUGAGUCAGAAAAUAGUGAUGAUGAUUCUAAUAUACUUUAUUCAUUGGCUUGA